AUGGCGGCACCGCGUCAGAAGCAAAUGGGGAGGAAGCGCAAUUCUGAAAGUUUGGAGACAGAGCCCUCACUGGCCAAAAAGGCCAAGACGUCGCAGGGCAACCAUCCAGGUGCUGUUUCGGGGCAACUGAAACGGCCUUCCAAGGCAGCGGUGCCAAAUUUCAGCAAGCCGCAAGAACUCAACCUUCGCAGCUCAUCCCGUGAUCUUGGAUUUCUGAAGCCUCCACUGGAGCUCAAGCCGACUGAUGAGGAUUUUCGUGCGGGGCAUCAGAACCCGAAGGACCAUUCUUCAUGCGAGCUUGAUGUACUUCACUGGCCCAAGAUUUCGUUCGGGGACGAUACUCCUCAGCCUCGUUGGCUCGUCACGCGAGACAGGAUUUCUCCGUCACGGGGGGAGAACCUCUCAGAUGAGGUGGACCAAUCUCAGGCUGGGCCAGCUAUCCCGACAGGCUAUGCCCUUGACGCAGACACAGGGCUUGGGGGUCUGGUUUGGACAUUUGAUGCAGGCCCGGCAUCAGGCUGGAACCAGCUGGCUCAAGACCAAUUGUACGAGUACGCGUUCCGGCAUCUCGAAGAUGCCCUCAAGGAUUUAUUCACUCGGGACCAGUUCCGUUCCGCCAUCCUUGACAGUCCACUUGCCUCGAUCGCGAAGAACAUGAAAGAUCCACUGCCGCCUCUCCCAGCUGCGCCAACGACAUGUUACUUUGGAGAAACGAGAGGCAUGCACUGUAUUGUGAACGCUCCCACACGCAUCGGCCAGGCCAUGUACUAUCUCAACAACUACAAGCGGCCGUCGAUGACCAUGCGGCCGGGUCUCCAAACCCGGCCCUCGAACAUGCACACCCUCGCCGCGAAGGUAUUCCACCACAUGAAAGGGACGUUGGGACCCCCGAGCUCCCAGAUCACUCCGGAAAAUACAGCAUACAUAUGCCGCACACAGUCCGCAGAGCUUCGUCGAUUGGAAGAGAGCAGAAAACAACACCGGGUCAACGAAUAUGACCCGGAAAGAAUGCAAGACAUUCCCACCUCGGGCCGGCUCUCGCCCCUGCCGCUAGAAGAUGGAGGCAAAAUCGGCCGCAUCGGUGAGUACAAAUGUGUCUGGUACAGCGUUAUUGUUCUGGUGCUCAGCAUGUUCCUGUGCCUCUUCCUGUAUUCCUUCAAGGUGAUCCGGUGA